AUGAGCGGCAGUGAGCGGUUUCGUUUCUUCUACAAAGGCAAGGCCUACCUUAUCCCGAGGGACUACAUCGAUGAUGAACACCCCGGCGGCGGCGAUGAAAUAUGGCCGUGGGUGAACCAGGAUAUGACGGACGCCUUCGACGACGCUGACCACUCGCUGGACGCGCUGGAGAUGUUGGAGGAGUACCUCGACGAGGACUACGACCCAACUGAAGACGCAGUGGCAGCAGUGACGGAAGAAGGGAGCAGCGAUGCGGUGGAGCAACCCGCAGGUGCGGAGGCGGCAUCAUCGGCGGCCGCGGCUGCGGCUGCGGUGGUAGCGCCCCCUUCUGGAAAGGAGAAUCCUCCACUAGUUGAGCCGAUAGCCGCUGCCGCCCCUGUUGCUGUUUCUCCUGCGGUAAAGGCAGACGGGAAGACAUUUGCUGUCCCGGUUGUCGUCUCCACCGCAGUCGCUGUUGCGGUGGUAGUGGCGUCUGUGGCCGUUGGGCUGUCGAAGGUGAGGCGGCGGCGUUGA